AUGUCGAGUCACCCCGUCACCGUCCUUUGCGGCCCCGUCGCCGCCCCUCUAGGCCCCUCACGGCCCCUUCGUGGUCUCGUCGCCGCCCCUCUAGGCCCCGUCGCCGCCCCUCUAGGCCCCUCGCGGCCCCUUUGCGGCCCCGUCGCCGCCCCUCUAGGUCUCGUCGCCGCCCUUCUAGGCCCCUCGCAGCCCCUUCGCGGCCCCGUCGCCGCCCCUAUCGGUCCCGUCGCCGCCUCUUUGGGCCCGUCGCGGCCCCUUCACGGCCCCGUCGCCGCUCCUAGCGGCCCCAUUGCCGCCCCUAUCGGCCCCGUCGCCGCCCCUCGCGGCCACGUCGCCGCCCUUCACGACCCCGUCCCCGCCCCUAGCGGCCCCGUCGCCGCUCUUCGCGGCCCCGUCGCCGCCUCUAGCGGCCCCGUCGCCGCCCCUCGCGGCCCCGUCGCUGCCUCUACCGGCCCCGUCGCCGCCCUUCGCGGCCCCAUCGCCACCUCUACCGGCCCCGUCGCCGCCUCUACCGGCCCCGUCGCCGCCUCUACCGGCCCCUUCACCGCUGAGGACCACUUCCUCUCAGUUUGCCCCACCACACUCAACGUUGACCUCCUCGAGGAGCGCCUCCUAGCAGCAGAGAAGAGCAUAGUCGCUGUAGGAGCCUCUCUUGGUGACCCCCGCACCCCCUUCUUUGAGGGGUGUUCCCUCUCCCCCCUCUUGCCCUCUGUUGCUUCUGCUGCUGCGGCCGACCUCGUUGGCUUCGAGUCGAUCGGCGCUGCGUCUGCCCCUAGCGGGAGACGCCGCACCGGCAAGGGCAAGGAGGGCAAGGGCACUGGAGGGGCUGGCGGGGGCCGUAGAGGUGGUGGUGGAGGUAGUGGAGGGGGUGGGGGUGGUGGUGGGAGUGCUGGCGGGGGUGGAGGUGUCAGUGGGAGCAGUGGACGCGAAGGAGGCGGCGGCGGUGGCGGAGGGAGCGGAGGCGGGGGAGGUGGCGGAGGCGGCGGUGGCGGCAGCGGUGGAGCUGGUCGCGGCUCUGCGCACAGGAGUGGUUCCGGUGGUGGUCCGCGCCAGCAGCAGCAGGGUGCUCGUGAGACCCCGUCCCCUCAGCAGCUUCGUGAGUGGUACGCUGGGCGUCAGCGAGGUGGGGGUACUGGUCCCUGCACCUACGUCUUCCGUAGCGACGACCACGCUGGUGAGCAGUGCGGGGGCCCGCACUCCACCCAGCGCUGCUUCGACCGCCUGACGGACGCGUGGCGUCGCCAGUUCCCUGACGCCACUGAGAUCCCUCGAUGGGGAGAGCUGUCUAGGGCGGGGGUUGCUAUCUUUGAUCUUGAUAAUGAUGCUAUUCUUGCUGCCACGUAUGCCGUGUCUACUAGUGAUGAGGGUGACCAACACCUCUGUGUUCCGCCUGACCUAGUCAUUGAGGCUGCUGCUCUAGGUGUUGGUGUGUCCUAG